GCUCAUGGCCUCGAGCUCAAACCCGGUCAGCAUGGACAUGGACCCGCCCGUCCUCUCCAUCGCCGUCGAGCACGGCCCGCCGGCGUCGCGCCUGGUUCAGCUCGGCGUCAGGUCCUGGCCCAAGUGGGGCUGCCCGACGGGGAAGUUCCCGGUGAAGUUCGACGCGAGGCAGACGUGCUACCUGGUGAAGGGCAAGGUGAGGGCGCACAUCAAGGGGUCGUCCGAGUGCGUGGAGUUCGGCGCCGGCGACCUCGUCGUCUUCCCCAAGGGGCUCAGCUGCACCUGGGACGUGGUCGCCGCCGUCGACAAGUACUACAAGUUCGAUUCGUCUUGACUUUGCCGGGUUCGCGGUGACUAAUUCGCCUCCUGAUUUAGAUUGGUGUCUGUGUUAGCCUCAUUCUCUAGCUAAUUUGCUAGACCAUAUCCGUCUCUAUUGGCUUCGUUGUGUGUAGUAGGGGAAAAAAAUCGGCGUGAGUGAGGUGAGGGGCAUCUAGCCCUCCUGUGUAGGUUCCUAGGGAAAAAAAUCGGCGUGAAUGAGUGAGGUAAGUUGCCCCCCAAAACCGGUCAAUGCAGUGGCCGUUCAAAGUAUUCUUAUUUAUUGCCCUGAGUGCAGUGCAAAUCCGUUUUGAAUGCCUUCUUUGACCAGCCACCAUCAGUGGACUGCAUUGUCUAUGGGCACCUUCCUUUUCUUCUUUAUGAGCAGCGUUACAGGGCCAGGGGUGUGUGUGGCUAUCGACCACACACAGCACUUACUAAGCUUUAAGAGUGUGAUAAAGCAUGGCUGAGAGAUGAGAAUUGGCUUGUGCUUUAUUUAUAAAGCGGGGCUAGAGCCUGUUCGACAGAUAA